CCCGCCGGGCCCGCGCGGACCAUCUGCUGGGUCCCAGGAGCUGCUGUCCCCGCGCGCGAGCCGAGAGAGGCCACCGGGGUCCCCGAGACGUCGCCGCCGCGCCUGCCUCCAGCGAGAGUACUGUCCGGAGAACGCGGGCCCCCGGCGUCGGAGGAGGCUCCCGGCCCUCCUCGCCCGGCACGUGGGAGCCGCCGCCCGCCCUGCCCCGCGCCCCGAGCUCCCUGAGCGCCGAGUCUGAUCGCAGGCGGGACGUGCGGGAGAAGAGCGAUUGCUAAACGCUGCCUUAAGCCCCUAGGAAAUCCAAACGUGUAGAUAGCCGCUGCUGCUUAGAUUUAAAACUGUUGUAUACAUGAGGAGUGACUCCAUACCAAUCACAAUAUGUCAAGAAAGAAAAAAAGACCCAAUAGAAAUGUUUCAAUCUGGACAGCUGGUAAAAAUCUGUGCCCCAAUGGUUCGGUAUUCAAAUUUUAUGUUUCACAGGUUGGCUUUUAGAACACUAGUAAGAAAAUACUCCUGUGAUCUGUGUUAUACACCAAUGAUAGUUGCUGCUGAUUUUGUCAGAUCUGUAAAAGCCAGAGACAGUGAAUUUACCACAAACCAAGGUGAUUGCCCAUUGAUUGUUCAGUUUGCUGCUAAUGAUGCAAGACUUUUAUCUGAUGCUGCUCAAAUAGUCUGCCCCUAUGCAAGUGGAAUAGAUAUUAACUGUGGUUGCCCUCAGAGGUGGGCGAUGGCAGAAGGCUAUGGAGCUUGCUUAAUAAACAAGCCAGAGCUUAUUCGAGAUAUGGUGAAGCAAGUAAGAAAUCAAGUGGAAAAUCCUAGAUUUUCAGUCUCAAUUAAGAUAAGGAUCCAUGAUGACCUUACAAGAACCAUAGAUCUUUGCCAGAAGGCUGAAGCAACAGGAGUGUCCUGGAUUACAGUUCAUGGAAGAACCAUUGAAGAAAGACACCAACCAGUCCACUAUGAUGCCAUUAAAAUGAUAAAGGAAAGUGUGUCUAUACCCGUAGUUGCUAACGGAGACAUAAGAAGCUUGAAAGAAGCAGAAAAUGUGUGGCAGAUGUCUGGGACAGAUGGUGUGAUGGUUGCAAGGGGCCUUUUAGCAAACCCGGCUAUGUUUGCUGGAUAUGAAGAAACCCCACUGAAAUGUAUCUGGGACUGGGUUGAUAUUGCUCUUGAACUUGGGACUCCUUUUAUGUGUUUCCAUCAACAUUUAAUGUACAUGAUGGAAAAGAUCACAUCCAGGCAGGAAAAAAGAAUAUUUAACGCUCUGUCAAGCACAUCAGCAGUCCUGGAGUACCUUACAGACAAUUAUGGUAUUUGACUCGACUUUAAAUCAUUGUAGUAUAUACUUGAUACCUACAUGGAACCAUAUGAGGUUCCUGUUGUUCUUUUAAGUCUGUAGCUUUUAACUUCAGUACAACAGCAGUCAAUGGGGCACAUGUCUUUAAGCACUCGGAAAGCUGAAGGAAAAAGAUUGAAAGUUCUAGGCCAAUAAGACUCUGUCUCAAAGGGAGAUUUUCCCUGAUUUUAAAAACUCAGACCUGGGGCUGGAGAGAUUGCUCACAGGCUGUUCUUCAAGAGUGCCUGGAUCUGAUGCCCAGCUCCCAAGUGGCUGCUCACUGCUGUCUGUAACUCCAGUGCCAGGGGAUCCAACCCCUUCUUCAGGCUUCCUCAGGCACGAUCCAGGCAUGUAGUGCACACAGACAUUCAGCUAAAACACAUAGCUUUUUUACACACAAAAUUUUAAGAAAUAAAAUCAGCUUCUAUACCCCUUC